AUGGACGAGCUCAACUACCAGGUCAGGAAGGCGCUGCCAAAGGGCAAGAAGCACCUCAAGGUCGACCGCACCCACGGGUUCCAUGCGGUGAUUAUGGUCAUCGGCUGGGUCGUGCCGCCUCUCGCCAUCCUCGUCCGCUUCGGAAUCGGCUUCGACUUCUUCCUCAACAUCCUCCUCACCAUCGGCGGCUACAUCCCAGGGCACGCACACAAGUACUACUGCCAGAACAUCCGCAACAACAAGACGGCGAAGCGCACGCCAAAGUGGGCGAUUCGCGCCGGUCUCGUCAAGAUCAAGGAUCCUCGAGCGGGCAGGCAUCAGUGGGCUUACCGCUACGACGAGCGUCUCCCGGGCGCGAGCGCAAACUACGGCGGAGACGCAGACUCGCUCCACUCCAACUCGUGGGACGGCCGCGGGCCCGAGCCCGAACGGCGGUCAAACCGCAUCAAGUCGAAGAACGGCAACACCCGCCACCGCUUCUCGCCUUGGGACGACAUUGUCGACGAGGAUGAGGUCGAAGGCGGUCACGGCUUGUCUCGUUCGGAGAGUCGCCUUGCGCCGAUCGAUUCUCGUCGCACGCCCCCUGAGCCCGCUGCCGACCCGCUCACGAACGAGCAGUUCUACCCGACCGCAGCCGAGCAGGCGCCUGCCGUCGCGCCGCGGAAGAGCAAAAAGAAGCUCGGCGGUGGCUUGCUCAAGAACCGCUCGCGUUACGAACAGCCGUUCGACACGAGCGACGCGGUCAGCAGCCGUACGCGUGCGAGCGACGGAUACCAGGACGAGUUCGAGAGGGAGAUCAACGAGGGUUCGAGGGCUGGGACUGGUGGCGCGGCGCCGGCGAGGUUCGACUCGUUCGAGCAGGAGGGACCUGAGGAUGCUUGGGCCUCGUCGCGGCCGGCGAACGGGAAUGCUGGCGGGUACAGGCAGGAGCCGGCGCAGAGGCUGCAGCCGCAGAAGACGGGGCGUGCGGAGGAGAAUGACGGCGACCUCUUCAAGCACUCCUUCUAG